GCUCUCCUUCCAGCUCCCGACUAUGACAAGAGCCAGUGGAUCAACGAGAAGGAGAAGCUGGGCUUAGACUUCCCUAACCUGCCCUAUUUCAUCGACGGCAAGACCAAGCUCACCCAGAGCAAUGCCAUCCUCCGCUACAUCGCCCGCAAGCACAAGAUGUGUGGCGAGACGGAGGAGGAGCUCGUCCGUGUGGACAUGCUGGAGAACCACAUCAUGGACUUCCGCAUGAGCCUGGUGAUGGUCUGCUACAACCCUGACUUUGAGAAGUUGAAGGUAGGGUACCUGGAGCAGCUGCCAGGGAAGCUGAAGCUCUUCUCCAACUUCCUGGGGGACAGAAAGUGGUUUGCAGGGGAGAAGCUCACCUUUGUGGACUUCCUCAUGUUCGAUGUGCUGGAUCAGAACCGCAUAUUUGAACCCAAGUGCCUGGAGCCAUUCAAGAACCUGAAGGACUUCAUGGACCGCUUUGGGGCCUUGGAGAAGGUCGCUGCCUACAUGAAAUCCAGCCGCUUCCUGAAGAUGCCCAUCAACAACAAGAUGGCCAAGUGGGGCAACAAGAAGGAGUAGGGGCACAGCGCCGGCUGAGACAAGCCAGCGUCUCCUUUGCCCGUCCAGGACGGACCACCGAUGGGGUCUGUAGUGGGGCUGGGCGAGCACCGCUGGGGUGAAGUGCUCUCUGGCCGUGGGGCCUGCAUGGCAGCCCCCAAAAGCAAUAAAAUGUCUAGAUGCAGCA